CGCACAGGCACACACCGGCCGCAAUUCAGUCCCGGGCCGUGAAAUACUUGUUGUUGAAAAAGUCAAAGUAAAGACUGGAUAAAAAAAAGUUGCUCCGUGCUCGUUUCCUACAAUUUUUCCCUUUCUUGUUGUGUUAUCGAUACGUCGCUCCGGUUGUGGAAUGGUUCAUGUUUCCUCUAAGAGCUGUCUGAACUGUGAGAGAAGGAGGUUUAUGUCCGCUUUUUAAGGUGCCAGCCUUAGACUAUCACCGCUCUGAAACCCCAGACAUGGUGAUCAUGUCAGAGAACAGUCGGGUGGCUCAGACCAGCCCUGCCCAGGGGAGGCCACUGCAGGUCGGCUUCUACGAGAUCAUCCGCACCCUGGGGAAAGGAAACUUCGCAGUGGUGAAACUGGCCAAACAUAAAGUCACUAAAACACAGGUGGCCAUAAAGAUUAUUGACAAGACUAGACUGAACCCCUCCAAUCUGGAGAAAAUCUACAGAGAGGUGCAGAUUAUGAAGCUGCUAAAUCACCCCCAUAUCAUCAAACUCUACCAGGUCAUGGAGACCAAAGACAUGCUGUACAUCGUGACGGAGUAUGCAAAGAACGGAGAGAUGUUUGACCACCUGACCACAAAUGGCCGUAUGAGUGAAGAUGAAGCACGAAAAAAGUUUUGGCAGAUUCUUACAGCAGUGGACUACUGCCAUCGACACCACAUCGUACAUCGUGACCUAAAAACAGAGAACCUUUUGCUGGAUGCCAACAUGAACAUAAAACUAGCUGACUUUGGAUUUGGAAAUUUCUACAAUGCAGGAGAGCCUCUUUCAACAUGGUGUGGCAGCCCGCCUUAUGCAGCCCCUGAAGUAUUUGAAGGGAAAGAGUAUGAGGGGCCUCAGCUAGACAUUUGGAGCCUUGGUGUGGUGCUUUAUGUUCUUGUCUGUGGCUCCCUUCCAUUCGAUGGGCCCAGCCUUCCUGCUCUGAGACAAAGAGUCACAGAGGGACGCUUCAGAAUCCCCUUUUUCAUGUCCCAAGACUGUGAAAACCUGAUCCGCAAGAUGCUGGUGGUGGAUCCGGCCAAGAGGAUCAGCGUGGCCCAGAUCAAGCAGCACCGCUGGAUGCUGGCAGACCCAACAGCUGCCCACCAGACCCUCAGCCAUUCCCUGACAGAGUACAACUCCAACCUGGGGGACUACAGUGAGCCUGUGCUGGGCAUCAUGAACACUCUGGGCAUUGACCGCCAGAGGACCAUCGAGUCUCUGCAGAGCAGCAGCUACAAUCACUUUUCUGCUAUCUACUAUCUACUGCUGGAAAGAGUGAAAGAGCAUCGUGCCCAGCAGCUGAACCGCCAGUGUGGAACCUGGAGCCAGAGACCCAGGAGCACCUCCGACUCCAGCGGCCCAGAGGUGAUCAUGGAGUCCACUGACAGCUUCAGAACUGCAGCUUAUUCAAUUCCAGCUAAAAACCCUCCUCCAGUGUACCCAGAGAUGGAGUGUGAUCAAGGUGGAUUGUUCCAGAGGGUGGUGUUUCCAGUGGAGGCGAGUUUGAACAGACUGCUCUGGAACCGCUCGAUUUCACCCAACAGCCUGCUGGAGACAAGCAUCAGCGAGGAGGUUCGACCCAGGGACCUGGAGGAGGAGGAAGCAACACAAACUCUCAGCCCCCUGCUCUCUUCCACCACCACCUCCCGCAGACACACUCUGGCAGAGGUGUCUGCCCGUUUCCACCAGUGCAACCCUCCAUGUAUUGUGGUCAGUCCCUCAGAUGGUGCCUCCUCUGACAGCUGUCUGAAGUCCUCAUCCAGUCCAGCCCCCACUCUACAGGCUGCUAUGGGUGACAUGUCAACACUUGUGGCCUCUGGGGCAGAUGGUGGAGCCCUAUUGCCUGCUGGAGCACCUCUUGCCCUCUCCUCCCACAUCCUGCCCCAAGCACAGGGCAGCCUUCCUGCUGCUAGCUUCCAGGAGGGUCGCAGAGCAUCUGACACUUCCCUUACACAAGGCCUCAAAGCUUUCCGCCAGCAGCUGAGGAAAAACACACGCACUAAAGGGCUUCUGGGAUUAAACAAGAUCAAGGGUCUGGCGAGGCAGGUUGUCCCUCCAACCUCUUGUAACCGUGGCAGCCGUGGGUCACUGGGUCCAGCCCUCUCUGAGCACCGCAGCAUGCUGGAAGAGGUGUUACACCAACAGCGGAUGCUACAAAUCCAGCACCAGCCCCAGCCUCAGGUCCAAGCUGCUCAGACAGGACCUCCCCAGAAUCCCUUGCUCUUUCUGUCCCAGCAGCAGUCACCUUCUCCUCCACCUGCUUCAGUAUUUGCUCCCUCCUCCUUGUUUGACACACCCACCCCCUCCGUCCUAAAGAGCAAGUCUCAGCACCCUAUUCCUCCUCAACAAGCUUCAGUGGGUCUACAGCACGGCCCCUGGCAACAACCCCUCAAGACUUCUUCAUCCUGUUACUCCUCUUCUCUGUCCCCCGUGGCCUCCGCUGCUUACCUUCUUGAGGCUCGUCUGCACAUCAGCCAGCAACCUCACCCUCAUCUCCACACCAGCCUCCAACAGCAGCCACAGACAGCAACACAAGGCGCCUUCCCCAUCAUGUCCAAACCAGUGAUGUGGACCAUGGGCUCAGUCUCCAACACGGAUCCUGGCAUGCUGGAGUUGGGUCUGGCUGGACAACAGCAGCUGAGCAGUUGUGUGAUGGUGAAAUAAAACAUUAACCAUCAAGACCAAUGAUUGUUCUCGCUCUGGGAGAAGCAAAAUGACUUGAUUUUUAGCUGAGAAGACUAGAGAGCAGAAGUGUUGAGAACGAACAAAAAGCAGAUGCAAGUGACAAAUAACUUAACGACAUGGGGUACACAUAUGCUUUUGAUAUCAUAUAAGCUAAAGACUAAGCAAUAACCAAACUCUGCACAAGGCGUUUAACUCGUAUCAAACAGCCAGAGAAGCAAUAAUAGACUGAAAAACUCUCAUCUAGCUCCCUGAUGGCAUGUGUUCCUAUGGGAAGAUGUGGACUCACUUGAAUGAAAUGAGAGCUGACGUUAGCCGAUACAAUUAUGUCUCACGUGUUUUGAUGCUGACUAAGUUAUCAUUUAGAUUUUUUUUCCGAUUGUUUGAGAACAGGAAAGACACCAUCUUCCUCAUUCUUUUUUUAGUCACUUUUUGAUUUCCUGUUCUUGAUGUUACUCACUUGACUGGAGAGAAGACCAAAAUCCUUCUUUUUUUCUUCAUUUUUCCCACUUUGUUCGCCUUUCUCAAGAGACAUUACUCUGUAGCAGUGCAAUGAACAUGCGAUUUAGUGCCCUAAGCUUAGAAACGUUCACUGAAGCUGUUGUUAUUGAUUUGUUUUCAAACUGUGAUUUUUUUUUUGCUGUGCAAGAUUAUAGAUAUACGCAAAUGCUGCUUUCAAUCUUUACAAAAGAUGCGACGUCCUCAUCAGCCAAAAUUGAAGGAAUACAGUGUCUAGCUGAUUGAGUAAAGCACAACAGGUACAUCAGUCAGCUUGGUAGCACCUUAUGUAUGUGGAUACAUCAAUCCGCAUUCCCUACGUUUGAUAAGUACCUUCUUUUUAGAUGCUUAAACUACCUCCUCAGGCAACAUUUCAAGAAUUUGGAAAUUUCAGCAAAACCUGUAAAAGAAAUACCACAAAAAAACACAUGUUCAGUCCCAGAAUGUUAGAGGAACGUUUUCGUAUGGACAGUGCAAAGACUGUGAGGACAGUGCAAUAUUUGUCAAGGAAAUACAGAGGAAAGAUGAGGCUAAGAAUCAACAUAGGAAUGUCAAGAUGUACAUUCAUAAUUUUCCUGAGGCUUUUUUGUCAUCACCUUUGAUUUGUCUGUUUGACCUUGCUGUGCUAGCUAGCUGACUAGAAAAGGUACUAGUUAUGUAACAUAAUAACAUGGUACUGUAGAAAUUAAGAAGAAAGACUGAAGGCAUUUCAAUAGGCUGUUACUUCACACAGCAAGCUUGUAGUCCUCUAACUGAAAGAAUAUGAGUUUUACCAAAGAGUGAACCGCACAAGAGAAGGGUGAUCUAUCACAGAUACACUACUGAACUUUCAUUUAAAUGCAGCCUCAAAAUGUAGCAUGGUGGUUAGCUUAAAUUUUCACAUGAUCUCCUUAGCUUUCGCUGUGAAAAAACUCCCGCUGCCACCAAAUCCUAAUGCUACACGUGUUGUAAUAUCUCUAGCUGUUACUGUCAGGACCAUGGUGGUAUUCAUUUUUGUACUUUUCUAGAAAAUAAGAAAAAUGAAAAAAAAAAAAAAAAAAAUUAAGAACAUAGCAAUACCAUGUUGUGCUGGAAGUUGAACUUUCUUCAGUUGUCCAUAAGUGAGUAGAAAUAGGUAGAAAUUACCUGCAACAAGCUGAUUCAUUUAUGCAGUCACUUCAGGCAAUGAGUUAGAAAUCUGCGAGAAAAUGUGUAAUAUUGUAAGCGUUAUUAGUUGUGUCAUAUCUGUGAAACAUCCAGUGGUUAUGAAAGUGUUUUUCCAAACCCAGUUCUAUGUUGGAAACAUGCAGUGUUGAUAUUUCUGGUUGAUUGCACUCACUACCAACACUUGUGCCUUUAUUUGAACAAACCUGCGAUCAGAGGUCUGCACCUCCGAGCUCUACACUGAAGAAAGAAAGAUGAAUGGCCAUUCACUCAGAAGCCCCUUUUGAUAUCUUCUUUGACCUUCGAACUUGCUGUGUAAACAAAAGCAAACAUUGCACUUUAUUCAAAUUUCUUAUUACUGAAAUUGUUUUGUUUCUCAUGUUCAAAAUAAUUUCACAGAACUAUUGAAACACUAAGGCUCUUGAUGCAAUCUGUUAUACCCUUUUUGAUAAACUUUGGACAAUAAGAAGUAUUUCAUGUUUUUCUGAUUUGUUACUUGACUGUGUGAGCAUGUGCAUGUUUUUGUGUGUGUGUCUUUGUGUCUGUUUGUCUGUGUGGGUGCAUGUGUGAGCGUGUGUGGAUGGGAACAGAAAAAGGUUAAGAGCAGGAAUGUUAGUUUGAGAAAGGUUGUUUAUUUAUGUGACUAUUUAUUUGAAUAAAGUUCACUUC